CGGCGUCUGGAGCUGCCUGCCAGCCCUCACCGUCCUGUGUCCCGGCGUUUUGAACCCAAACACAAGAAAGAGAACGACAACAGAGCAUGCACAUGGGAAAACGCAGUAUUCUUUUCAUCUCUGCACGCUGCACCAUGGCUCAUAUAUGAGGAGGACACUUUGGGAAGCGGACAUAAAGAAGCGUCUCCACGGGGACAAGCGCAUGAGAAAACGCCACGCAAUUUGUCCUCUCCAACACCGAGAAGGACUCCUCCCCACCUCGGCCGUAACACCUCCGGUACAUCGCCCAGAAAGGAUGACACUGUUUUUUGCGCUGGGAACGAAAGACCAAAUCUAGCGUUGCCGUUCGUCUCCCAGACACUGUAUGGCUUUAAAAAGUUGCCUGGAAAACAUGGACAUCUGACGUGCGUCUCACAGCGUCAUUGGACACAUUGAGCCCCCCUCUCUUUUCUCUCCAUCACAUUUUGGACUGACUAAUCCCUGAGCUUUCGGUUUGGAGUAAGAAUAAGUGUUCAGCAGUUGUCACUUGCCCUGACACAGUCUACAUCCAGAGACUGCAUGCAGAAGGGGAACACUGUCACACUACAGAAGAUAGCGUGUUGUGCUGUGCGUUUGUGGCUGAUCUCCCUGUUUGUGCUUAUAGAGGAAGAAAUACUUUCGUCUACCCAACACGGAUUUCUCAGAGCUGACAUCCAGCAAGAAAUAAAGCUUAUGAUUUAUUUGGAUCCUCGCACUGAAUUAGCGAGAAAACACAGUGACACACUGUUUUUUUUUUCUUCUAACUUUACAUUUCAGUAGCUAAACCUGAACAAGUGUUGCCUUGAAUGGUUACAGUUCCCUCUUUUCCUUUGCGUUUUCUCUGUUGUGCGCAUUUUUAUUUGUUUGGCGUUCUCCAAACUGCGCCAGAAACACGCGGCCACAUGUGACUGAGACUCAUCACCUGUCCCGGUUGAAGCAGCCCGUAAAACUGAUAGACUGACCGACACUGAGGAGGAAUACGUGCCGAACUUUUGCUGUAGUGAUGCUGCAAGUGGAAAUGGUCCUCUUCAUCUGCCUGGUGCUGUUGAUGUGUGUAUUUAGCCAGGAGCCCGGUUCCAAAGUGGUGGCCGAUCGCUACGCCGUCUUCUGGAACCGAACCAACGCCAAGUUUCAUCGUGGGGACUACCACAUCGACGUGUGCAUUAAUGACUACUUGGAUGUCUACUGCCCUCAUUAUGAAGUCUCAGUGCCUGAGGAGCGGACAGAGCGUUAUGUCCUCUACAUGGUCAACUACGAUGGAUACAGCACAUGCGACCACACCGCCAAGGGCUUUAAGCGCUGGGAGUGCAACAGACCGCACUCCCCGAACGGACCACUCAAGUUUUCAGAGAAGUUCCAGCUCUUCACUCCCUUCUCCCUGGGCUUUGAAUUCAGACCAGGCAGAGAAUAUUAUUACAUCUCCUCCACGAUUGCUGAGAACGGGAGGAAAACAUGCCUGAAGCUCAAAGUUUUCGUCCGACCAUCAAACAGCUGUGUGAAAACUAUAGGUGUACAUGACCGUGUUUUUGAUGUAAACGACAAAGUAGACAAUACAUUAGAACCACGAGAUGACACCAGCCAUGAAACGGCUGCACCUUCCCGAAGUGAAACGAAUGCUGCACCACACCUGCAGAAAACAAAUCCACUUCUGGCUCCAUUGCUGGUCAGCUUAGUGGCACUCAUCACUUUAUAGCACCUCCGUCUGUGCUGGAGGUCAUUUACACCUAGCGUGGCCUGAGUCUGCCCUAAGCUGCAAGGUAGGGUGGGGUGAGGGGGUUUAGGGUGGAUUGCUUUCGCUUAAUCGGGCAUAAGAGCAGGCUUCUCAAGGAACCCUCUAUUUUUUUCAGAAAAAUAUUUAAGUGGUCUUUCUCCGUCUGUGAGUGGAAUAAAGUUGAUGUUAGAAGUGGGAGAGACACUUCCCCAUCGUAAACCUUCAACCAAGAUGCCAAAUCCCGUUUUUUUCUGACACUUAGUGAUUCUUAUUUUCCCGUGACUUUUGACAUUGCUUUACAUCAUAUCCAUGUCAUUACCGCACUGAUGUUUACCUGCAGAAACAAACACACAUCUGUAUAGCACAUACACACAGACAGCAUUAUACACAUAAUUCCAGCAUUGCAGUCUUACACAUAUAAAUAGCGUUCAAUAGCAGUAGAUAGGAGUAUUACCCACUAGGUCAGUGAAGAUUCUAGGACUCUGAAAUGACUGUACAUACACUGAUAGAAAGUUGUCCCGAGACCUCUCCGAAGCCUUUUACUAAACGUUUGUACAAAGUUUUACAGUGUCAUAAGUAGAUUUGGGGCUCUCUUUUAAUGGAAAGUGAAAUACGUACAUGGCAUGCACCUUUGCCACUGAUCUUAUCAUUGAUUUGGUUUAAACUUAGUAGCCAGUUUCUUUUCAUUAUAAAGCAUUUUUCUGUUAUGGAUAAGCUAUACAGACAUUCAGUGUGUGUGAAGGCAAAACCAGUAGGUAACACCUUUAUGUAGAGAAUGCCAAUGUGCCAAAUAAAACAACUGCAGUGAUUCACUUCACUCUGAUUCAUAAAACAACUAAACUAACUAAACUUUGUCACUUUGUUGACUGCUGUGAAGAUUGAGGAUCGAUGUGUUUUGAAAGUUGAUCACAUAAUUUCACUGCAACAGUCAAAGGCAUUUAUAUAAUGUUUACUGAGCUGGGCAGCAAUUGUUUUCUCUGUCCUAGUCAAUAUUAACACUCCCAUAAACAUUAGCGUCCACCACAUUUUUUUCCCCCACUAUUGAUUGGUUGAAUGUGGGCUUGAAAAUGAUUCACAGCUCAAGCUAUACCUUUUAUUUCUUCUAAACCAUCAAGUUAUUUGACUUUGCCAGUGGUGACUCAAUACUUUAACCUGAAGAUGCUGUAAACUUAGAUUUAAAAUCCAGUUAAACAAACAGAUUGACAGAUGUCAGGGGAAAGUGGUUGGAAAGAUGCUUAGUGCCAUUACUCUUUUUUUUCUCACAUCUUUGUCUCUUCAAUGUGACAGUAGCUUACUAUAGCUUAAUACUAGUGAGAUUCCAGUUAAUUGCAGCAGUUAGUACAUCAAUUACAGGUUUAUGCAUAGUUCAGAUUAGUUGAACUCCCAUUAUGUAAAA